UCAAUCACGCUCUUCAUACUCCUGCUGGCAUCAACAUUACACAAUUGAUUUGUGACUGAACGUUCUGGUCUACGUUUUAUCUUGACAUAAGAAGUGGUGCAGCCAUCUGCUGUCUUCGCAUUAUCUAAGAGUUCCCAGUAUCAGAUCAUGGCAGCGACAAUGUGUUUGAGGGGCAUUCCAGCCUUGAGCAAUAAGGCUGUCCCGAUUAUGCCAUCGCCAGGCUCAGCAGGUUCGACCAGAAGGUUGGUCGUUCUCUGCCAGGUCAAUCACAAUGGAAGCGGCCCAUUCGGUGGGCUGAAAGAAGCCGUGGACAAGGUCAGCAAGAGACCGAUCACCGAGGAAGACAUUCUGCGCAACCAGCAGGAGAAUCAGUCCGAGAAGCAGUCCGUUUUUGGGGCGAUUCCUAGUUCUGGCUCGUUCUUCCCACGGCCAGAAAUCGAGAGGCGUCCUGAGACCGGUUCCCGAUCGUUCGGUAGCGUGUUCGCCUUCGAUGGAGCUGCGCCGGAAACUAUCAAUGGACGACUUGCAAUGCUCGGGUUCGUGUGGGCCCUCUGCGCCGAGAAGCUCACGGGGCUGACAGUUAUGGAGCAAAUCGUCCGACCAGCCACCUCCGGUCUGGUCUUCUUCGUCGCAGCUGUCCAGCUCAUCUCGUACGCCUCGAUGGUGCCCAUAAUGAACGGAGAAUCGACCGACGCCAGGAGCUUCGGCCCAUUCAAUGCACGAGCGGAGCGCUGGAAUGGGCGCCUGGCCAUGAUCGGCUUUGCUGCUUUGAUCAUCGACGAAAUGAUUCGACAAGGACCUCUCAUCCAUUAGAGCACUCCACGAUUGUAUAGCCAUUUGACUUGUUCACUGGAAGAUCGAUGUGAUUAGGGGACCCGAACGACAUUCAGUCGUAACCUGUAAUAUAAGCUGUACUUCCGCAAUUUGUGCAAUCUAGAAAUUUGAACUGUUGCAAUACCGCAAGGUAGAAUUCUACUCAAAGAAUCGGUGCAGAGUUGAGUUUCAACGUGAACAUCCCGACAUAUAUCAGCCAAUCAAUAGUUUCGGUAUGUAGGCGCAGUCCUUGAUUGUCAUGUGGACAUUCAUCCUAUGAAAUUUCUCUUCUUAUGAUUAACGAAAUCUCCAUUGAAAAUCAACAUGUGUGCAGUAGCAAGCUGUUGACAAGUUCAGAAUGUCAACAAUAUGUACAGUUUGACCACAGUUUGACCACAGGACACCUCUGCCAAAAAAACCCUCCUCUCUUCACGACCGUGAGGUCAUAUCUCUAUGUACUCUCUAACAGAA